UCUUCUAGGAUCCUUCUGUUACACAAGUGACAAGAAAUGUUCCUCCAGGGCUAGAUGAGUACAAUCCUUUCUCUGAUUCAAGAACACCUCCUCCAGGAAAUGUGAAAAUGCCUAAUGUACCCAGUACCCAGCCAGCAAUAAUGAAACCAACGGAAGAACCACCUGCUUACACACAAAUUGCAAAGGAGCAUGCUUUGGCCCAGGCAGAACUGCUAAAGCGUCAAGAAGAACUCGAAAGAAAAGCAGCUGAACUAGAUCGCAGAGAACGGGAAAUGCAGAGUCUCAAUCAGCAGGGGGGUAGAAAAAAUAACUGGCCACCUCUUCCUGAGAAUUUUCCAGUAGGUCCUUGUUUCUACCAGGACUUUUCUGUAGACAUUCCUGUAGAAUUCCAGAAGACAGUAAAGAUUAUGUACUAUUUGUGGAUGUUCCAUACAGUGACACUGUUUCUUAAUAUCUUUGGAUGUUUGGCCUGGUUUUACGUUGAUGCUACGCGAGGGGUUGAUUUUGGAUUGAGUAUUCUCUGGUUCUUGCUUUUUACCCCUUGUUCUUUUGUCUGCUGGUACAGACCACUUUAUGGAGCUUUCAGGAGUGACAGUUCAUUCAGGUUCUUUGUGUUCUUCUUUGUAUAUAUCUGUCAGUUUGCUGUACAUGUACUUCAAGCUGCAGGAUUUCAAAGAUGGGGAAACUGUGGGUGGAUUUCAUCUCUUACUGGUCUUAAUAAGAGUAUUCCUGUUGGCAUUAUGAUGAUAAUCAUAGCUGCACUUUUCACAGCAUCUGCUGUUAUCUCAUUAGUUAUGUUUAAAAAGGUGCAUGGUCUCUACCGUACAACUGGUGCUAGUUUUGAGAAAGCGCAGCAGGAGUUUGCAACAGGUGUGAUGUCCAACAAAACUGUACAGACUGCUGCAGCCAACGCCGCAUCAACAGCAGCAACCAGUGCAGCUCAAAACGCAUUCAAGGGUAACCGAAUGAAACACAAAAAGUCAUCGCGGUUCUCUUCGAUUGUACUUUAUUUUCCAGUCAUUUCUUUUAUUCCCUAAAAGCCUAGAUCAAAAUUCACACAGCAUGUUUGUCUCUUUUGCAGCUGUGCAUGGGUAAAACGGGAAAUGUUUGGUUUAUUUUAUUUUAAAAUUUAUUUGUUUUAAAAAGAUAACCAUUCUUUACCCUUCUUCAAAAUGUUGCAUUCUAGAAUGUAAAGCGUUCCAUAUUUUAUGGAGGAUAAAUAAUUUCAACAAUUGGCCUGAGAAUGAAUUGUGGUAUAUAAUGCUCCAAUAAAUGUAUUAAGAAUU